GCUAGGGGCGGGCGCGCGCGGUGCAGGUCGGGGCGGGUGGGGCCGAUGGCGGCCAUCGGCGUUCAUCUGGGGGCCACCUGUGCCUGCGCCGCCGUCUACAAGGAUGGCCGCGCAGAUGUGGUCGCCAACGACGCCGGGGACCGGGUCACCCCCGCGGUCGUGGCGUUCUCGGAGAGCGAAGAGGUGGUUGGCUUAGCCGCAAAGCAGAGCAGGAUCAGAAAUAUUUCGAACACCGUAGUGAAAGUAAAGCAGAUCCUCGGGCGAAGUGCUGGUGACCCACAGGCAGAGAAAUAUAUUGCAGAAAGCAAGUGCUCUAUAAUUGAGAAGAAUGGAAAACUUCAAUAUGAAAUAGAUAAUAAACUUAUUAACCCAGAAGAUGUGGCAAAACUGAUUUUCAGUAAAAUGAAAGAAACUGCUCAGUCUGCGUUGGGUUCAGAUGUAAACGAUGUUGUUGUCACUGUACCAUUUGAUUUUGGAGAGAAUCAGAAAAAUGCCCUUGGGGAAGCAGCUGCAGCUGCUGGGUUUAAUGUUAUGAGAUUAAUCCAUGAACCAUCUGCAGCUCUCCUUGCUUAUGGAAUUGGCCAGGAUUCACCCACUGGGAAAAGCAAUGUGUUGGUUUAUAAACUUGGUGGGACAUCACUUUCUAUCACAGUCAUAGAAGUAAACAGUGGGAUAUAUCGUGUGCUUGCUACAAACACGGAUGACAGCAUUGGUGGAGUUUGCUUCACAGAAGCUCUGGCACAACACUUAGCUUCUGAAUUUCAGAGGUCUUGUAAACAUGAUAUUAGAGGAAACCCCAGAGCCAUGAUGAAGUUAAUGAACAGUGCUGAUAUUGCAAAACACUCUCUAUCAACCCUGGGAAGUGCAAACUGUUUUGUAGAUUCGUUGUAUGAUGGAUUGGAUUUUGAUUGUAACGUGUCCAGGGCCAGGUUUGAGCUUAUCUGUUCUUCACUUUUUAGUAAAUGUGUAGAAGCCAUUAAAAACCUCUUGCAGCAAGUUGGAUUUACAGCAGAUGAUAUUAAUAAGGUAGUUCUGUGUGGUGGGUCUGCUCGAAUCCCAAAGCUACAGCAGCUGAUCAAAGACAUUUUCCCCACUGUGGAGUUACUGAAUUCAAUUCCUCCAGAUGAAGUUAUUCCCAUUGGUGCAGCCAUAGAGGCAGGAAUUCUGCUAGGAAAAGAGAAUACCUUGUUAGAAGAAGAAGCACUUAUUGAGUGUUCUGCCAAAGAUAUUCUUCUAAAGGGAGUAGACGAGUCAGGGGCUGACAAAUUCACAGUGCUAUUUCCAUCAGGGACACCACUGCCAGCUCGAAGGCAGCACACCCUGCAUGCCCCUGGAAACAUUUCUUCUGUGUGCCUUGAACUGUAUGAGUCACUGGGGAAAGGUCCCAUGAACGAAGAAGAUAAAUUUGCACAGAUUGUACUCCAGGAUUUAGAUAAAAAGGAGGAUGGCCUACAUGAUAUACUCACUGUUCUCACUAUGAAAAGGGAUGGGUCCUUGCACGUUACCUGCACUGAUCAAGAUACUGGGAAGUGUGAAAUCAUCACUGUUGAAGUGGCAUCGUAGCCUGUUGUGAAAGGCAACAUUUUUCUGAGUUGAUUUUUGUCUCUUACUUCCUUCUCUGCCAAAGCAAUGACUCUCUGGGAUGUCUUUUGAUUCUUAGAGGACUGUAAUAAACUCGAGUAACACAUUAAUUUGCCACCAAGUCUGUUUGGAGUGGAAAGCGUGGUGCAGUAUGUUAAUCAAGACAUGGAGACAGCAGAUCGUUGAAUUAUCAGCAGUUGAUUUAAAAAAUGCAAAGCAAAAAUGCUUGUACCUGUGGUUCAGCAACAAGCAUAUUACAUACACAGUCUGAAGAUUUCUCCUUUCAGGUACUUUUCAGGUCCUGUACCCAACUGGUGAAAAUCCACUCUCUGAUAACUGCGCCAGAUUGUAACUGAAAUUCUGUGAGGUGUUGAUGUUGCCCAAAACCAUGAAGGUGGUGUCUAUUCAUGAUGGCCUAUUGAGCUGUUGUUUUGUUGGCUUUUUUCUGGAGUAACUGUAAAAUGGUUUUGUGGUAUUACCUGAAAAAUAUGUGUAAGAGUUAAAUGUGCUUAUUUAUGUGUUAUUAAAAUACAUUUUUUUUUAAUGCA